AUGUCAUCGGAAAGACAUUUAUUACCACUGCUGAAUUUAACCCAUGAAGAAGAAGAAACAGACUCAGAUUGUUCUUCUACUACAUCUAAUGAUGAGAUUGUAUUUAAUACGGGAGAUGGCUAUAGUAUACUUGGUGAAAUAUUAAGAAUGAUUGAUAUUACAACAAGAAUGAGUAUAUCAGAUGAAAGCAGUGAUUUGGACGACUUUAAUGAUGAUUCACAACAACCUGCAUCAAUUACGGCUAGCACUCCAAUCAUAAGUCCAUUUUUUGAUAUGCAGAAAGUUGAUGAUAAUAAUGAUCGACAAUCAGAUCAAAAUAAAACGAAACGUCGAGCGUGGAGUACUGACGAAAAAUUAGCGGCUAUUAAAUAUCACAAAGCGGUUAAAAAUUAUAAACAAGUUGCAAAAGAACAUGGAUGCAGUCGAAAGAUGAUACGUACUUGGGCGAGUCAAGAACAAAAUUUUUUGUCAUUAAGAGGAGCAAAAAAGGGAAAGAAUUUGAAACGUUUAAAAGGCGCUGGAAAAAAAUUACACCAUGUUCAGUUAGAUGUAAAAUUAUUUGAAUGGUUCAAAACGAAACAAACGCCACCCGAGGAUGAACACCAAACAACGAUAAUUAAGAAAGAAAGAAUUACUUUCAGACUGUUAGCUAGACAAGGUGCUAAAAUCUGUAUUGGCUUAAAUACAGUUCAACCAGCGAAUAAAUGGUAG